UUCUCUACAAAUUUGAAUGCUGCCGCUUGGUUUGCCACUCAGAUUUUUCUCUCUCUUCCCAUUUCCGCCAUGGAAGGCGAAGAAGAAAGCAGUUUCUUCUUCAUGCCGCCGUCUCAUGUCUCUCUACAGUCUUUCACUCCGAUAGCCACCCCCAAUUCCCGACGCCUCUCCAGCAAUUUCACUGAGCCUAGCCGCCCUGUUAGAGCCGCACGAAAACUGGCAUGGGUGUCCCUUCAAGGCAGGCUCGUCGGAGCAGAUGAAGCUAGCUCGGCUAAGACCAUAGGAGGAGGGUUAGACCCAGAGCAAUCCGUGGCUUGGGAUCUGUUCAGCCCGAUUCAUCGGGUUCUUACUGUUGCCGUUGUAGCUGCUGCAGCUUCGAAAUCGAAUAAGAACAAACAGAUUUCUGAUCUCAAGAAAUCGGUUGAACUUCGGGAUCAAGUGCUUCUUAAUAUGCAAGAAAAGCUGGAUAAAUUGUGCGAACAGGUUAACAAUGUUAGAGAACAACCAGAAGCCUUCACUGACAUGGGCAAUUGCUUUCGUCGUCUAAGCGAUCAUCAUUUCUUUUCAAACAAUGUCCCUUCUGGAAUUUCAAGCAGGAGAACUUCCUUUGGCGAUGAAAAUUCGUAUAAAUCAAAACCUCCUUUGUAUAAGGCGCAACAGGAACAAGAAGAACGCAGAAUGUCUGAUUUAUCGGAUUGGUGUUCUAGCGUCUCAUCCUCCGCUGAUUUGCAGUUAAACUCUAUUGCGAUCGAACAAGACAUUUACAAUAUGAAGAAGGAUUGUGAGGAGAAGGAUGCAACCAUAAAUGAACUGUCUUAUCUCCUUCAAUCCUCUGAAAAUGCAUCUUCCAAGAGGGUGGCUGAGUUAGAAGAGACUGUGAGAAAGAAGAACUUGAGAAUCACCAGACUUAAGAAGGAUAUGAUGGUGUUAGAACAAAAGGUUUUGCACUUAACUCGGCUCAGACGGCCAUCUUUCUCUGGCUCUGGGUCUGGCUCUAGUUCUGGAUCUGACUCAGUCCCAAGUUCAAACCAGAUGAAGGCUCCGGUGAUGUUAGACAACAUUUUGUACAACAUGGACAGCACCACAAGCCCUUCUUCAUCGGACUAUGAUGGUUCCCCGAUCAACAACCGACCUCAGCCUCCUCCACUUCUGAAAAACAUUGAGAACGUUCCUAAGGUUGCAGAGAUAUCUGAUGAGUUGAAGAUGAUGAAAAUCCAGCAGCAGCAACAAGUUUUGCGGCCGGUGGUGAGUCCCCUGAAAGAGAGAAGGAUUAAUCAAAGAAGUUAUGAUUUAGGAAGACAAAUCAAGCAGCAGCAGCAGCAGAAGACACCCUCUGAUUCUAGAAGCAGGAGGAGGGUUCAGAACUCGAGCUCCAUUAGUAGUAAUGGGUCCAAGAACUCAUCAUCUUCUUCUUCGGCUCAUAAGAGAUGGAUGUAGUAGAAUCAGAUAUUAUUAGUUCAAUGAAUAUUAUUCAUCAUUAUCUUCUUCUUCUGCUCUAGGUAGGUGUAAAAUCAAAUUUUUUGUUUCAUGAAUCAAUGAACAUGAAUGAACUCUGGUUUACUUAUU